UUUUUCUUCACUACUUAAAUCUUAAAAUAAAAAAAUCUUAAAAUCCAUAUUUUAUUUUUUGAAAUAGACACCAGAAAUGAAAUACUCCGAAAAUUUGUUUUGCUCAAUUGAUCGUGGGCCCGGCAGCCGCUGUGCAGCGCCAGAUCGACGAGGCUCUAUCCCUUUAAUUGUUGAGCAAACAUUUUUUUGUUUUUUUGUUAAACAAUUAAAGGGAUAGAUGCGGCCGGGGUUUGAACCCUCGACCUCCCAGUUGUGAGACGGACGCUCUACAAACUGAGCCAACACACCGGUUGUUAAAUGUUGUUAAUGUCAAGACUAAAGAAAGUACCACAAGGCCCGUGUAUAUAGCUACUCUGUGACUAUAUUUCACUACAAAGAUGAAAAAAAAAUAAUCAGUCAGAUAACCAUAGAUUGAAUAUUGAAUGAAAACCAUGAAUCAGAAGUGAAACAAACCAUAUGAGUGAAAUGGAGGAAAUUCUUUCCAAAUGAAAAAGGAAACAAUUCUGCUUAAAUCAUUGUAUUUCAUGUAAUUCGAAGAUGGGGGAAAGGGCGGUAGUGAUAUACCAAGGAAAGACCAGGAAGUGCUUUCUGCAGAGAAAGUAUGAGAACCAAGCAUUAAUGUACAUCUUCACUGAACUUGACAUUAUUCAUACAGCAGUACACAAUCACUUCCUUUUAAAAUAUUUCAUGAGUUGAGGUGAGCUGACUGGAAUACAAAUGCAGUGAGAUUUCUUGUACAUACGACAUCUUUUAUUAUUUUUUUUACAGUGGGCAGAAGAAAAGCAGUUCCCAAGAGAGAUUUCCAUCAGGUGUACAUGUAUAAAAGGAUAUACAGAGGAACUAAAACAAAGAUUCUGGUAAGCUAAGUUGAGCAAUUGCCACUUGACUUAUAAUAAUGCAAUAAUGAGCAAUAUGGAAGUCUUGCAGAAUAUUCUACUAGAAGUAGUAAAGGUAAUGAAAGCCUUUGAUGAGAUGUAUUCAUUAAGUCACUAACCUCUGGACUCUAUCACCAUUGUAUUUUCUGAAGGAUAUUUAAUUUCUUGCUACAAAUUAAGAUGCAUAGUUUGUAAGGUAUAAAACAUUCACAAUUAUUUACUUUAAUAAAGCAUACAAAUGUAUAGGCAAAAAUGAUAUUCUUCAUUUACUGAAUAAUCAUUGCAUGGUUCUUUACAAUGACCGCUUCAUUACUUCUGUGUAAUUUCUUUUCAGGGGCUUUCGCCUGCUAUCUGAAUAAUCAUGGAUGACUCAUUAACAUCCCCAAUGGAAAAGGCUUUGAAUGUGACAACAAAUAUUCAACUGAAUAUAUCUGUGAGCCAAACACAUGCUGCAAUAAUUUCCACUCUGACAAUCACCACUAUGAUGCUGGGAAUAGUAGGAAACCUAAUGGUGUUCUUGGCUGUUGCUCUUUCCAAAGGUCUUCAGAACUCCAUCAAUGUCUUUAUGGUGAAUCUAUCAAUAUCUGACUUUAUUUCAGCCAUUAUUCUGCUUUUUCAAGCUGCAUCGCUGCUUUUUGAGUCUGAAUGGCCUUUUAGUAAAGGACUGUGUGAUCUUGCAGGAGCUUUGAUCCUUUGGGCAAGCUGCACCAGUUUCAUGACUUUAACAGCCAUUGCAGUCAACCGUUACAUCGUCAUCACCAAGACUAAGAGACUUCAGCAGAGGAUCUGCACACGCCGUGGAAACACCUUGAUGGUAGCGCUACUGUGGAUGUUUCCAUUCCUAGUUCUGGUGAUUCCUCAGCUCAUUCCUGCAACAGGUGGUAUAGUGUAUGAUCCCAUCUUCAGGACCUGUAUCUGGGAUUUAGAACAUCCUUUAGCCACCGUGUUUCAAAGCAUAGCCGUGGUUAACUCCAUCAGCUGCACUGUCAUCAUAGUCUUCUGCUACACAGCAAUCUAUUGUUUUGUCCGAAGACAUGUCAAGAGGACCCUCAGAAAUUCCAGUGAGAUCAUAGAGAUGGAAUAUAGAUCAAACAAACAGACAUCACCAAGAGGCCCAAGCAUCAAUCAGAUCAAAAUCACCAAAAACUUAGCCCUGGUUGUGUUGGUUGUCUUCAUCUGCAAUUUGCCUUUUGCCCUGAACCUGUCUGUAAAAAAAUUUGGCGUAUACUCAGUUUACCUAGCUCUUCUUGCCAUUCUUCCUUUCUGCUUGAACCCUAUGAUCUAUGCAGCAAGGCAUCCCCAAUUCAAGGUAGUCUUUAAAUGCAUGUUAACCUGCAGGUUCCGGGAUAUCCCUCAUCCUUCAGAAUGGCUCAAAGCUCUCCUUCGUAAGACAGGAUCAGCCAACAGGGCUACACCGUCAAGUUCUACAAUUUGAUAUCUAUAACAUUAAUUAGGGAGUUUAGCCUGUUGCAUGCUGAUACCAGGUGAUCCCUGCACAAAGCCUAUGGGAAUUGCAGAACUUAGUUAACAAGCGAGAAAAAUUACAUCCAUAUAUCACUGCCAGCUUUGCUAUAUCACACUUCACAAUCAAUUUCCUUAACCCACAGUACUUUGACGACGGUGAAAUCGUUCAACCUCUAGAAUGAUUCCAAACUGUUUCUAAUAAACACAGGACAACUUAACUUUGUCCCAUGGAAUACUGGAAAAGGGAAGCAACUGUACAAAGUUUAUGGACAUUACAGAAUUUGGUAGUCAGCAGGUUAAGUGGGCUUUUCGAUUUCUAGAGAACAAAAUUUGAACUAAGAAAAGAACAUACAUUUAUUUGAUCAUUAUCAGGAUAGUUAUAAUCAGUAAUCAUUGCAAUGACAACUUAUCUUUGGGCAUUAACAUAAACAAGCCUUCCCAUGGCUUUUUAGUGCAUUCCCCACUUCCGUUCAUUUAUUUUAUUUACGUUUCAUUGUCAAAUUGUCUGUAUAAUAUUGUAUUUC